UGCGACUUCCGGUUCGACUGCCAGAACAAGAGAGACGAAAAGAUUUGCAACUACCGGGAGUGCAAACCAGAGUUCGAGUUCACGUGCCGUUCUGGGCAGUGCAUCUUGAAGGAGCUCGUGUGCGACCUUUACGAGGAUUGCCGAGAUGGUGACGACGAGCUGUGGUGUUUCCCCUGUCCUCACGCGAGAUGUCAAGACGGCCGUUGCUUGCCGAAGCAUUGGUUCAGCGAUGGUGAGAUCGACUGCGAUACAUGCUCAUCUGUCGUAGAGCCAGAAACUACGAACGAGAAGUCACAGCUGGAUAAGUACAUCUCGUUAGAAAUGAAGUCGGCACAGAUCACGGAGCCCAAUGGGUGUGUUUUUACGUGUAACGGGACGAAAUGCGUGGCCUUGUCGAUGCUAAACAAUGGUAUUGUUGAUUGCUUGGGAUCGGAAGGGCCGAUUGAUGAAACCAUCGGAGCAUUGGAACGCACGACGUGCUACAACGUUGAAUCCGCGCAAAUACAGUACAGCAACUGGGCUCCUAAAUGUGUUUACGUCAAAGACAGGUACGGCGAACCGUUAGGGUGUAGGAACAUGAAACAUUUGGAGAACUGCGAAGACUUUAUCUGCCCUGACGGCUACGUGAAAUGCCCCGAGUCCUACUGCAUCCCGUCGCACUACGUUCAAAACUCCGUCUUCGACUGCGCGAACGGUGAAGACGAGAGCAGCGCUUUGAUUCUAGAAUGCCUAGGGCAUUUCAUUUGCUCGUCUGAUAACAGGAAACAUCAGUGUCUCCAUCUGGAUCUGGUCUGUGACGGUUUCAGACAUUGUCCCAACGGCGAUGACGAGAAAAGCUGUGACGUGACAUGCGCAGAAGGAUUUCUCUGCGUCGGCGGAACGGUCGUCCCGUCUCUGGACAGACCCGAGGUUCUUACUGACCUCGUCUUCAUCGACGUCAGAACCCGCUUCUUAGAUCUAUCCGGGAUAGACCUAUCGAAGGUCUUUCCUGUCUCUAUCAUCGGUCAUUUCGAAAACAUCAUCACAGCCAAGUUGGCUAACUGCAACAUCACUAACGUCAACGAAUGGAGCGUUAUGAACGAAUUUCGGUCAAUACAGUCACUGGACCUAAGCUACAACCGGAUCCCCGACACCACCACGUCAUGUAUAUUUCGUUUUAUGCCAAGUCUCAAAUUUCUCAACUUGAGUAUGAAUGCACGUUUGUUGUCGCUUAGCAAUAACUCCUUUCGACUGCUUCAGAAAACUAGGUCUCCCUUGGAAGUCCUUGAUUUGUCAUUCACCGGUUUAACUGAGUUGCGAUGGGCGGUUUUUAAAACACUGACCUCCUUAACCUACCUGAGUUUGAGAGGCACGCGGAUAACUGUAAUCAAGCCUGAUAUGUUUCCAGAAAAUUUUGCUAUGGCCGAGCUGGACAUGCGUGGUCUGAGCGCCGCGGGUAUAACUCCCGGACUCUUCAAGAAUAUUACGAUCACAUCCAAAAUGUACUUUGACAACUUCAAGCUCUGCUGUCCUCAGCUCCACAACGAGAACACCUCCAUCAAGGGCUGCCAGUUUAUAAAAGAUCCCUUUUCUUCCUGUUCCGAUCUCAUGAGCUCUGGUAUCCUUAGAACCGUCCUCUGGGUCAACGGCUUUUUGGCAGUAUCCGGUAACGGUGCCGUCAUUUGGUACAGAUUGGUGUUCGACAAGAGAAUUUUUAGAAUGGGCUACGGACAUUUUGUGACGCAACUUGGCAUCUCAGACAUGCUGAUGGGGAUUUAUUUGAUAACGAUCGCGGCGGUUGACUGCUUCUACAGAGAUAGCUACCUUUGGAACGAGGCGGCCUGGAGAAGCAGCUUCCUCUGUAAAUUAUCUGGAUUCAUUUCGACGCUUUCCGUUGAGGUGUCCACCUUCUUUAUCUUCCUCAUCACGCUGGACAGAUUCCUGGUGAUCAGAUUCCCGUUUGGACAGUUCAGGAUAAAAGGGCACUUAGUUGCCGUUGUCUGUGCAUCGGUCUGGGUUACGGGCGUAACGAUUGGUCUAAUGCCAGGGCUACCUUACUUUGGUGAUUGGUCGGUGUACACGACUUCCGGAAUGUGUCUCGGCCUGCCUCUGAUCUCCGACGAAAACCCCGGAUGGCGGUUCGUGCAGGGCAUUUUCAUCUACCUUAACUUUAUCCUUUUUCUCCUCAUCGCCUUGGGUCAGGUCGCCAUCUACAGGACCAUGUCCGCCAUGAGCAUGAUUCAGAGCUGCCUGACCAACUCCAGCAUGAGGCGAUCACAGGACAUGACCGUGGCCAAGCGGCUCUCCCUGGUGGCCGUCAGCAACUUUCUGUGUUGGUUUCCCGUGGGAGUGACGGGCAUCGUCGUGUUGGCUGGACAGCAGAUCGGAACGGACGCGUACGCCUGGCUGGCGGCCGUUGUGCUGCCCGUCAACUCCGCCAUCAAUCCCCUGGUCUACACCAUCCCGGGUCUCAUC